AUGUCCCUGCCCAUUUCCCCCCCUCCUCCGCCCACCGAGCUCAUCCGCGCCGUCCCAGCCCCGGCCCUAGCCAUGUCCAACACCGCGAGCUCGUCCACCGAGGGCCCGCAGCCGACGCCCGCCCUGCCCCCCGCCAACGCCGACUUCAACCAUUCCGACACAACGGUACCCGAUCUGCUCCAGCAGCUCGACGCCGUCGAGAAAGCGUCUGGGCCCACCACGCCCGUCGACGACCGUGAUCCGUUCAAGUUUCGCGGCGCGUACAAGUCCCCCGACGAGCUCACCGCCCUCCGCAGGCGGCGCAAAGGCAAGCCCUUGGAGAGGUACCACCGGCGCCAGAACAACCUCAUCGAUGACCUCCUCAAGACCAUGGACGAGCAUACAAACGAGGCUCGCGAGGAGGAGGAACAGUCUCGCCUCGCCAUCCGCAUCGCUGUCUGGGCCAGUCUGGUCGCCAACCUUAGCCUAUGCAUCCUCCAGAUGUAUGCCGCCAUCUCCUCCUUGUCGCUCUCCCUCCUCGCCACCGGCAUCGACUCCGUUUUCGACAUCGGUAGCAACGUCCUGCUCGUUUGGCUCCACAGAAAGGCCAGUGCCCUCGACGUCAACAAGUGGCCUGUCGGUGGCUCCAGGCUCGAGACCAUCGGCAACAUUGUCUACGGUUUCCUGAUGGGUUCCGUCAACCUGGUCGUCGUUGUCGAGUCGGCUCGUACCUUGAUUGAUCACUCGGGCGACGACACCAACUCACUCCAUGUGCCCUCACUCAUCGCUGUCGGCGCUGCUCUCGGCGUCAAGUUCUUACUGUUCCUCUACUGCUUGGGGUACCGUGGCGCGUCCAGCCAAGUCCGCAUGCUGUGGGAAGACCACCGAAACGAUUUGUUCAUCAACGGGUUCGGAUUGCUCAUGUCCGCGGGUGGCAGCAAGCUUGCGUGGUGGCUCGACCCGAUGGGAGCGAUUCUCAUCGCUUUCGGUGUCAUUGUCGCGUGGUCACGCACAAUCUACCGCCAAUUCGAGCUCCUCGCCGGGAAGUCCGCCCCACACGACUUCCUCCAGCUCCUCAUCUACAAAGCGAUGACUUUCAAUGAUGAGAUCGAGAAAAUCGAUACUGUCCGCGCGUACCACAGCGGUCCCGACUACUAUGUCGAGGUCGACGUCGUAAUGGACGCAAACACCCCUUUGUGGAAGGCGCACGACGUCGCCCAGAACCUCCAAGAUAAGAUUGAAGUCCUGCCUAACGUCGGACGGGCCUUCGUGCACGUCGACCACGAGACCACACACAGUCCCGAGCACCGGGCGAAGACUCUGUAG